GACAAUAUCUGUUAGCGGUGUGCUUGGACUAUUACAAAUGGUAUCAGAGCCAGACACUGAAAGGUAUGCCAGUGAGAACACUAGACCGCCAAGGGGGUGGAUUGUGAGAUCUCACAUCGGUUGGAGAGGGGAACGAAACAUUCCUUAUAAGGGUGUGGAAACCUCUCCCUAAUAGACGCGUUUUAGACCCAUGAAGCAGACGUCAAUACAUAACGAGCUAAAGUGGACAAUAUCUGUUAGCGGUUUGCUUGAGCUGCUUGACUGUGACUUUCAUGAAUAAGACAAAGGCUCUCUCUUGCAAAUAGCAAUAAACUAAUGGAUCUUUCAAACAAUAUCAAAUUAAAAAAAAGGCAUAUAAGAUGCAUCCGUGUGGUUAUAGAGAAAAGACAAUGAAUGCCAGUGAGUAAGAACCUGGUUGGAGGGAGACAUUGCUUGGACAUAGCUUCGACAGUGAUGAACAUGAGAUCGAGAUACCCCAUGUUUCUUCAACCCUGUCAUAUAUAUACAACCAUCAUAGCCAAAACAUGAACCCAAAUUGAAAUUGCUUAGACUUAUUGCUAAGAUGAAUGCCUCAGCUAUGAACCCAAGCAACUCACAACACGUUCGUUCAAGGAGUGUUCCCACAAAUCCACACCCAGCCCUCACCCAAGUUGAUGAACAUUUGAACAGAUUAAGAGCUUCAGAAGCCACAUCUUCUUCUCUAGGCCUCAGACUCGACGCCCUUCAAGACUUACACGGUUCGGUCGAUAAGCUGUUUCUUUUGCCUCUCUCCCAACAAGCUCUGGUCAAGGAAGUGUUAGAUGAGUUGCAAGAGGGAUCUCUUAGGCUGCUGGACUUGUGUGACACAGCCAAGAAUGCCCUGUUGCAAACCAGGGAGUGCACACAUGAAUUAGCGUCGAUUUUUCGUCGAAGACGUGGCGAUAUUGGUGGUUCUAGUUCAUUGAAGAAGUGUUUAAAUUCUAGGAAGAUGGUAAAGAAAUCAAUCCACAAAGUCUUGAAGGGAAUGGAAAGUAAACCAUCCAACAAAGAUCAUGGAAGUUUGAGUAUUGUCAGCCAGAUAAAAGAGGUGGAAGCAGUCACAUACCACUGCAUAGAAGGCUUACUGUUCUUCAUAGCAGGACCCAAGUUGGUAUCAAAAUGGAGCUGCUGGGCUUCAUUUUCCAAGCUUGUUCAACCCAAAAGAGUAGCAUGCAUAAGCGAAGGAACAAACAUAAGUGUAAUAGAAAGAUUGGACUUGAUAUUAAGUUCAAUUAGCAAUCACCAAACAGAGGUUGAAGAUAUGCAGAACUUGGUGAGGGAGUGUGGGGCAAGCAUUAUGGAAGUUGAAGAUAAACUUGAGGGACUUUAUAGGGUCAUAAUCAAAACAAGAGUGUCCCUUCUCAACAUCUUCAACCACUAA